GCCCCGUGUGCCUCGGACGAUGCCUGUGGAAGAGUUUGUGGCUGGCUGGAUCUCUGGAAUUGCGGGCUUGAUGCUGGGACACCCCAUAGACACAGUGAAGGUGAGAAAAGCCGUGGGCAACAUCUGGAAGCAGGGGCUGAACAUCUGGAACGCCUGAGCUCAGGGCCGGAUUCCCAAGCCAUCCGUGCAGCAAGAAGCCCGCCUCCAAAGCAGCAGCUCCUGCCCCUGGUGGUUCCUGACUGGGGAGCACAAAUAGCAAUGGGGGGGCCCAUUUACUGUGGGGGACAGCCGCAGGCUCCCCGUCACAGCCUCGCCCCCCCCCUUCCCCCCCGCAGCAAGUUCUCCGUCCUCCCUCCACCUCCCAGUGGUGAUCCCGGCGUGUCCUCCGCCCCCAGGUUCGGCUGCAGACCCAGAACACGUAUCGGGGCAUCAUGGACUGUGUGAUCAAGACAUACCGCCGGGAGUCAGUAAGACGCCCUGAUUCUCCCAAGGAGGGGGCAGCUUGGGCAGGAGCAGGUCUCAUCUCCCACUCCCUCCCCCAGGCACCGGCUCCCAUUGCGCCCAGGCAGGGAUGGUGGGGGUGGGGGGCAGGUGCCACAGGCGAAGCGCUCCGAGAGGCAAGACCCCAGCUGGGCAGCUCGGACACGGUCCUGGGUCUCGGCUCUGCCUCCGUCUGAUCUCCCAGGCUCACACAGUCCGAGUUUUGCUGAAAGGGACCUUAGAGGCCAUUUGAUUUUACAAAUGAGGAAACUGAGGCUCACAGAACUCCAAGCAGGUUGUGUGGGGGCAUCCAGGGGGUUCUGGGCUUCUUUAAGGGGAUGAGCUUCCCCAUUGGCAGCGUGGCCAUGGUCAACUCCGUGCUCUUUGGAACCUACAGUAACUCCCUGCUCCUGCUCAGCUCCACCUCCCCCCAGGAGCGGAAGGCCCAGCCCCUCAACUAUGGCUACGUCUUUGUGGCUGGCAGCAUCGCGGGGUUCGUGCAGGCCUACUGUUUGGCUCCUUUUGACCUCAUCAAAGUUCGACUGCAGAACCAGACAGAGCCCCGAACUCGGCCAGGAGUGGCCCCUCCUCAGUACAGGGGUCCCCUGCACUGUGCCAGGAGCAUCAUCCAGGAGGAGGGCCCGCGGGGCUUAUUUCGGGGAGCCUGGGCCCUGGUGCUAAGGGAUACUCCCACUCUGGGCCUCUAUUUCCUCACUUAUGAAGGGCUCAGUCGGUGGCUUACUUCGGACAGCAAGGAACCUGGCUCGGCUACAAUGCUGGUGGCUGGGGGCUUUGCAGGAAUAAUGUCCUGGACCAUAGCCACUCCUAUGGAUGUGGUCAAAUCACGGAUGCAAAUGGAUGGGCUUAAGCGGCGAAAGUACCGGGGGCUGCUGGAUUGUGUGAUAAGCAGCGCCCGGCAAGAAGGGCCCGGUGUCUUCUUCCGGGGACUGACCCUCAACAGUGCCCGGGCCUUUCCGGUCAACGCUGUGACCUUCUUCAGCUACGAGCAUCUCCUCCGGUUCCUGAGCUGAGUCUUCUGUUUCCCCAUCCAUUUCUGAGUUUGGUUCCCCAAAUCUGGUGCCAGUGGUGGAAGGCCAGCCAGUUUGCUCGUUACCUAAACUGGGCAAAAAUCCUUGUUCCUUGGGUGGCAGGAGUCGGGUUCCAGUUGACUUGGAUAAAAGUGACCCAUCAAGAUUGGGAUGGAGGGGAGCACAGACAAACAUAAAACUAGACAACAAACUAGA